UGUGAACGACCAAACUCCACGAUAUCGUGAAGUACAGCAAAUUUUGUCUUAUGCCUUUGAAGUAUAGUCCAGAAUUAACCGCGCAAAAUGACCUCUACUAAACCCAAUCCUGUUCCCCCGCCCCCACUAUAUCCAGCACGAGUCCAUUGGGUCCGACGGAGGUGGGAAGUGUCAUUCUAGAUACGGGAGAAAUUACAGUUGUCGACAAGCUGAAUGCCAUAAAUCUCUGCUCUGGUAUGAUAGGCAGACCAGUGUGGUACCUAAAGGAUCUCGAUCGGGUCUUGAAAAAGGCCACGGAGUAUCAAUGUUUGAGGCCGAUGCGAUGCGUUUCGUAGCCUCCCACACCAACGUUCCCAUCCCAAAGGUGUAUAAUGCAUGUGAGAAGGAUGGGAAAGGGUAUAUUCUUAUGUCCAAGAUUGACGGCCGACCAUUAUGGAACGUACUGAGCGGUAUAACAGAACAGGAGAAAGAGAAUCUCGUUGAGGAGUUGGGAGGAUAUAUAAAGAGUUGGAGGAGUUUAUCUGCUGAAUAUUUUGGUUCCGUGGGUUCUGGUCCAUGUCAAGAUGUUUUCUUCCAACACCUUCCAGGUUAUCGGAGGCCAGACAAGACGUACGGUCCCUAUCGAUCCCGGAAGGAUUACAAUGAUGGCCUAGUCGAAGCUCUUAAAAAUGGAAGGCCAACUGGAUGCUUGAGCGAAAGCGACCAGAUUCUCGUCGAUAGAAUGAUGGCACUUUGCGACGACCGGAAGGUAUUUUCGCACGGCGACUUACAUCCAGACAAUAUUUUUGUCGAUGAUCGAUGCAAAAUUGUCGCUAUCCUGGACUGGGGGGCUUCUGGUUUCAGUAUCCCUGAGCGAGAAUAUUUCGAAGCCAGGUCUCGAUCUAAACACCAUGUCUGGACUGAGAUUAUCGAUCGAGUUUUGCCAGUUCUCUCAUCCGACGAAUACGAAACCUUCGAAAGAUUUAAUAAAGCACUGGUACUAUAUAGUGGAGUCUAAACUUGGACUUGGGCUCGCUAAAACAACCAACGAAAUCCGCUCUCCAGACAUAGGUAUGGUGCUGGUU